GUUUGCCUAUGAUUCUGACCCCUCCUUACAAGCACUUGAUCGCUCAGGCACAUAAUGGUUCUGCCAAGACUACUUGUUUCGUGCUUGGCAUGUUGAGCCGUGUUGAUCCCAAACUCACUGAUCCUCAGGCGCUCUGUAUUUGCCCUACCCGAGAAUUGGCGAUCCAGAACAUGGAAGUUCUUAAGAAGAUGGGGAAUUAUACAGGAAUUACUUCUGAAUGUGCUAUACCAAUGGAUAGCAGCAAUUAUGUUCCAAUUUCAAAACAAGCACCAGUGAUAGCACAAGUAGUGAUUGGCACUCCUGGUACAAUCAAUAAAUGGGUGACAGCAAAGAAAUUGAGCACGAACUAUUUGAAGAUUCUUGUUUUUGAUGAAGCUGACCACAUGUUGGCAGAGGUACUAUCAUACCUCUUAUUGAGAUUAUGUAUGUUUUAUGUGCUUAUGAUAAAACCCCAAAAUUAG